AUGAACACGCAAGAACACCUCGCCUCCGCCUCUACCUCUACUUCGGCAUCGACCUCUUCCACUACAAUCAUGUCGGAUCCAAUCAGACCAUCCGGCUACUUCUAUUCUGAUGCCGAAGAUCCUUUUGCUGGUGCCUUCUGGUCGCAGUUCGAGGAUCCGCACGAUUUGGCUGCGCGGCAUAUCCCAACCGAUUCCUCACCCGCGGCAGCGAUGCGAGCGUACCGCGAGUACAGAGAUCGCGUUCGCAAGCCCGUUCUGGCUACGUAUACCAUAUUGGGAUUCCUGAGCUCGGGUACCUAUGGUAGGGUGUACAAGGCUAGGUUGAGGACACCGCCUCAAGUGGCAUCAGCGACGGGGUCAGCAGGUGCGGCGAAUCCCAACGGCGGUGCUGGCUCAGGGUCAACAGCGGGCACAAGCAGCUCAACCGCGAAGAAGAAAAGUGCACUGCUGCAGCAACACCAACUGCUCGAUUCUCCAGGCUCGUCCCUGCACGCGACACCCAAAUCCGCCCUCGACGCCAGUGCACUAGGUGCCAACGGUACCCCUACAGCCUCGCCCGGUGUGGGCGCCUCACUCGCUGGCUCGUCUGCCAAUGCUCUUGACCGAUCCGACCACUCCGCUCAACUCUCUGGUACCAAUCUUCCAGACAGUCAAAUCUACGCUAUCAAAAAGUUCAAACCCGACAGCAAAGAGACCGAUGCCACCAUCUACACUGGCAUCUCACAGAGUGCCAUGCGAGAAAUAUCGCUCAACCGCGAACUCUCCCACAUCAACAUUGUCACUCUCCACCAAGUCAUGCUCGAAGACAAAGCCAUCUACAUGGUCUUCGAAUACGCAGAGCACGACUUGCUCCAGAUCAUUCAUUAUCACUCUACAGCUCUACGAGCUCCUAUUCCGCUCGCCGUUCUCAAAAGCUUACUCUGGCAGCUCAUCAACGGCGUCGCCUACCUGCACGCCAACUGGAUUCUCCAUCGUGAUCUGAAACCGGCAAAUAUCCUCGUCACGUCACAAGGUGUGGUAAAGAUCGGAGACCUGGGUUUGGCCAGGCUGUACUCUUCACCGUUGCAAAGCUUGUACAACGGAGACAAGGUGGUGGUCACCAUCUGGUACAGGGCACCGGAGCUGUUGUUGGGUGCGAGGCACUAUACCACAGCGAUCGACAUGUGGAGUGUCGGAUGCAUCUGGGGAGAGCUGCUGGCUUUGCGACCCAUGUUCAAGGGAGAAGAGGCAAAGAUGGAUCCCAAGACCAAAGCAGCACCCUUCCAAACCGAUCAACUCAAGCGCAUCGUAGAGGUGCUGGGUACGCCCAACAAAGACCGUUGGCCUGCAAUCGAGUCCAUGCCCGACUACAAAGGAUGGUGGCCUCACCUGCGACUCGACAAUUAUCCAAAGACCCUCUCUCGAUGGUACGCCACGCGCAACAAAGGCGACGAUGGAUACGAUCUCUUCGACUCGCUUCUGCAGUACGAUCCGGAACAACGAUUGACCGCGAACCAAGCACUCGAACACGCAUGGUUUACAGCGCAAGAUCCGAAACCAACAGCAAACGCCUUCAGCAGCCUGACAAAGCCUUUGGCCACCUACCCAAACCGUCGGGUGAUCCAAGACGACAUGGAUCCAAAGAUGAAGAGCAACUACCUGCCACCGAUCGAAAGGCAUCACAUCCAACCUUCGCACCAAUACAACUUGAACAGCAGUCAACCGCAUCGUCUGGCCCAGCUCAUGUUCCAACAGGAACAGCUGAGACACCAACAGAUGCAGCAGCAGAAACAACCCUCGCAAUCUCAGCAACCUUCAGCCAGGAACAACGCGCCGGGCACUGCAGUUGUUCCGGUAGCACCCAUCGUAGGGGGUCCGGCAGCACCGCCUCCGAUUACGAUCGGUAGCGGAGCUGCUGGUGGAGGUGGCGCGGGCGCAGGAAUGCAGAGUAGCGCACCAAGCAGCGGUGCUGGUGGGAACAACCCGGUCAUCACCAUCGCCGGUACCAGCGGUGCAACCGUGUCCAACCCUGCCAGCGUCAAAAGCACCCACAGCAUCGGUUCCAUCGAAACUUCCACACCCACAACCGCCACCGGCAGCACCGCAAGAAACAACCUCGUCGCCACCGCUACUCGGAAUCAACAGCGAAAACGUCAACGCAUCUAA